CGCCGCCGCCGCCGCCAUGUCGGCGCUGUGCGACCCCCCCGGCGCCGCCAGCCCCCCCCGGCCCCCGCUCAGCGCGCAGGAGCUCUCGCAGGAGGUGAAGGCGUUCCUGAGCGGGCUGGACCCGGCGCAGGGCACGCCGCUGUCGCCGGCGGCGCACGCCCGCUGCGCGCUGCGCCUGCUGCGCUGCCUGCCCCCGGCGCGCCACGCCGCGCUGCAGCACCUGCGCGGCCUCUUCGACGAGCAGGUGUGCGCCCACCUGCUGCAGCGCGAGGCGCCCGCCGCCGCCGCCGCCGCCGCCAAGGCCUCGCCGGGCGCCGAGGCGCUGCAGGAGGCGCGGCGCGCGCUGGCCGAGCUGGUGGCCGCCAACCCGCGGGCCUGGGCGCCCGGCGUGGCCGCCUGGGCCAGCGAGCUGAUGGGGCAGCUGAGCAGCAAGUACGCCGGGCGGCCCGGGGUGCCGCCGGCCGCCAGCCUCAACGAGCUGCUGCAGCUGUGGAUGGCGUGCCCGGCCACGCGGGCGCUGCUGGACAUCUACAGCCAGUGCCUGGCCGCCAUGGCGGGCAGCUGCCCCGACGCCUGCGUGGACGCGCUGCUGGACACGUCGGUGCAGCACUCGCCGCACUUCGACUGGGUGGUGGCGCACGUGGGCUCCUCCUUCCCCGGCACCAUCAUCAGCCGCGUGCUCUCCUGCGGCCUCAAGGACUUCUGCGCCCACGGCGGCGGCGCCGGCGGCGAGGCGGCGGGCGCCGACAAGCGGGCGCCCAAGAUCGCCUCGGUGGUCGGCAUCCUGGGCCACCUGGCGUCGCGGCACGCCGGCAGCAUCAAGCAGGAGCUGCUGCGCAUGUUCCACGAGAGCCUGGGCUCGCCCCGCGAGCACCACAAGGCCACGGUGCCCUUCCUGCUGCAGCUGGCGCUGAUGUCGCCGGCGCUGCUGGCCACCGUGUCGGCCGAGCUGGUGGACUCGCUGAAGCCGCCGGUGCUGAACCAGCUGCACCAGCACUUCUCGGCGCUGCCCCGCGACGAGCUGGAGGGCGUGGUGGGCGUGGUGGUGCACCUGCUGUGCCACACCUCGGCCGGCGCGCUGCGGACGCUGCGCUUCCUGCUGGCCACGGCCGCGCCCGCCUCGGUCAUCGCCGCGCCGGGGCCGGCGCUGCACGAGGGCGUCCGCGAGGCCUGCGAGCGCCUGCUGCAGCUGCUGCUGCUGCACCUGCAGAAGCUGGUGCACGGCCGCGGCUCCGCCGGCCCGGCCGACUGCCCGGCGCGCCCGGUGCCCUUCCUGGAGGCGCUGCGGCCGCACGUGCGCGAGCUGUGCCAGGACGCGCUGCGGCUGGAGCGGCGCCGCCGCCUGUGGCAGCACCAGCUGCUGGCGCUGCUGGCGGUGCACUCGGCGCCGCACGGCGCGGCCGAGGCGCUCUUCUUCCUGCUGGCGCUGGCCCGCACGCCCGAGGAGCUGGCGCUGGCGCCGCAGCUGCACGCGGGGCUGCGCGCCGUGCUGCCCGACCCGCUGCCCGCCGCCGUGGCCGCGGCCGUGGCGCAGAUCCACGCCGGCCGCCUGCCCGAGCCGCAGCUGGCGCAGCUCCUGCGCAACCUGGCGCUGCUGCUGCAGCCCCGCGACGCCGACGGCGAGCCGGGCGAGCCGGCGCUGGGCGCGGCGCUGGCGCGGCACCUGCCCGACCUGGCGCAGCUGCUGCUGCACCCGCGGGCCGAGGUGGCUGAGGCGGCGUGCCGGCUGCUGGCCGCCUGCCCGCUGCCCCGGGCGCUGCCGCCGGCGCACCUGCUGCCGGCCGUGCGCGCCGCCGUGCGCCGCUUCUUCGCCGGGCUGCGGCUGGGCGACGCGGCCGCGCUGGCCCCCGGCGUGCGGCUGCUGGCCCGGCUCAGCGCCGUCAGCCCCGCGGCCGCCAAGGCCGUGCUGGCGCAGCUGGUGGAGGGCGCGCUGGGCGGCCGCGACGCCGAGCUCUUCGGCGGCGGCGCGGCCGAGCCGGACGGGCGCGAGGCCGCGCCGCCGCCGCCCGCCAACGCCGCCGCGGCGUCGCUGCUGGACGACAACCGGCGCUUCACCGCCGGCCCCAACGCCGCCGGCGGCGUCUGGUCCGUGUUCCACGCCGGCGUCAUCGGCCGCGGGCCCAAGCCGGCGGGCGGCGGCGGGCGGCGCGGCGCCGAGGAGCUGAGCCGCAACACGCAGACCUUCCUGAGCCUGGUGCUGCGCUGCUGCCGCGGCUCCGGCCCCGCCGUGGGCGCCGAGGCCGCCAAGGCGGUGGCGGCGGCGCUGGUGGAGGCCGUGUGCCCCGAGGCGGCCGGCGCCGAGCUGGCCUGGCCGCCCGAGGAGCUGGCCCGCGCCACGGUGGAGCGGGACCUGCGCAUCCUGCGGCGCUUCCGGCAGCACCCGCUGCUCUUCCCGCUGCUGCGCCUGGUGGCCGGCGGCCGCCCGGCCCUGUGCUACUGCUCCGUGCUGCUGCGCGGGCUGCUGGCCGGGCUGGUGGCCCACUGGGACGCGUGCCGGGCCGGCAGCACGGCGGCCUCGCCCUGGCACCUGCGGGCGUCGUGCGCGCUGGUGGCGCUGCUGGCCGAGGGCUCGCUGCUGCCGCCCGUGCUGGGCAACAUGCACGAGCUGUUCCCCGAGCUGGCGCCCUUCGAGGUGCACCUGCUGCUGCUCAGCGUCUGGGGCUACCUGCGCGACAACAGCCCCCUGCCCCAGAAGUUCACCUUCCAGCCCGAGCUCGGCGUCUUCCGCCGCGACUUCGGCCGCGACGGCGACCUGGGCAAGCACCUGGCCGUGCUGCACAGCGUGCUGCACCGCAACAUCCACCGCCUGGGGCUGCUGGCCGCGCGCUUCUACCCCUGAGGGGACCCCCCGAGAGGGGGUUUGGGGGGGGGGUCGGGGCCGGGGGAGCCCCCCCCGGGGGCGGAGGGGGGGUUCUGGGGGCGC